GUGCGCGGCUCGAGCGGUCGGAGCCGCGGCGGCGGACGGAGAGCGGACAGACGGACGGACGGACGGGCAGACCCACGAGCCUCCUCCCGGCCUGAGGGGCCGGCCCGCCAUGCCGCGCUGCUCCCGCUGAACCAGGAGCCGAGGAUGUCCGCGCUGAGGAAGGCUUUCCCACCAUCUGAGGCACGGCCAUAAGCACGGCCCGGUUUCCCAGCAGCUGCCGGUGAAUGCCCUCAGCCAGCACCCAGCGCAGCCAGAAUGGGGACGGCUCAGGUUUUGCCUGGCAUUCUGCAGAAGCAUUGCUGUAUCUUACCAGACAGGAAUACAGAGUCGCAGUGCACCCUCUGCGGGGAGCCGGAAGAGGAAGAGGCCGGGGACCUGGUCCAGCCAGGCAUCAGCUUUCCGGGGCCGACAGAGGAGGACAUAGACCAGCAGUAUUCAUGGUCGCCGACUCAGCACUUCAAUGAAGAAAGAUACUCGCCUGCUCCUAGGAAUAUGAAAGGAUUAUCCGGGAGUCGAAAUCAACCACAGCUGUGUUCGGGUCAUACCUGUGGCUUAACACCGCCUGAUGACUGUGAGCAUGCCCACGACCACCUCCACCACGGGCAGGAAGCGCGGCAGCCCCACCUGCUCAGCCCGGCGGAGAGCUGCCUCAUGGAUCACCACCGCUGCUCCCCGCGGAGCUCCAUCCAUUCCGAGUGCAUGAUGAUGCCCAUGAUGCUGGGCGACCACAUGUCCAGUAGCACCUUCCCCAGGAUGCACUACAGCUCCCACUACGACACCAGAGACGACUGUGCCAUGUCUCACGCCAGCACUAAAAUCAACCGGAUUCCCGCCAAUCUUUUGGACCAGUUUGAGAAACAGCUCCCUCUGCACAGGGACGGCUUCCACACGCUGCAAUACCAGAGGACCUCCAGUGCCGCGGAGCAGCGCAGCGAGAGCCCGGGGCGGAUACGACACCUCGUCCAUUCCGUCCAAAAGCUCUUCACCAAGUCCCAUUCUUUAGAAGGCUCUUCCAAGAGCAACGUCAACGGGACCAAGGGGGACAGCCGGGUGGAUGACCACCACCACGGCCACCAUGUUAAACACAGUAAACGGAAUAAAAGCAAGGAACGCAAGCCCGAGAGCAAGCAUAAGUCGGGCCUGAGCAGCUGGUGGAGCUCCGACGACAAUCUGGACAGCGACAGCACCUACCGGACCUCCAGCGUGAUCAACAGGCACCACAUGGACCUCGCCUCCCACUGCUACCCGGGCCCGCUGCAGGGACCCUUUGGGGACCUCUCCCUGAAGACUUCCAAAAGUAAUAACGACGUCAAGUGCUCAGCCUGCGAGGGCUUGGCCAUGACGCCCGAGGCCAAGUACAUGAAGCGCAGCUCCUGGUCCACGCUCACCGUGAGCCAGGCCAAGGAGGCUUAUCGCAAGAGCUCCCUGAACUUGGACAAGCCCCUGGUCCACCCGGAGAUCAAGCCGCCCUUGAGGCCGUGCCAUUACCUUCAGGUGCCUCAGGAUGAGUGGGGAGGGUACCCCACUGGGGGCAAGGAUGAGGAGAUACCCUGCAGGAGGAUGAGGAGCGGGAGCUACAUCAAAGCCAUGGGCGACGAGGAGAGCGGAGAGUCAGACUCCAGCCCGAAGACGUCGCCCAAGACGGCCAUCCGGCCCGAGCCGCUGCUCCGGUCCCUGAGCCAGAGGCCGCUCGGAGACCUGCAAACCCAGAGCUACCUGCAAACUGCAAGCGACGUGCCCGCUGGUCACAGCCUGGACCCGUCUGCCGGCUACAACUCCCCGAAGUUUCGCUCCCGGAACCAGAGCUACAUGCGAGCCGUCAGCACCCUGAGCCAGGCCAGCUGCGUGAGCCAGAUGAGUGAGGCGGAGAUCAACGGGCAGUUCGAGUCGGUGUGCGAAUCGGUCUUCAGUGAGGUCGAGUCUCAGGCCAUGGACGCCCUGGACCUCCCCGGCUGCUUCCGGACGAGGAGUCACAGUUACCUUCGAGCCAUUCAAGCUGGUUACUCGCAAGAUGACGAAUGUAUUCCCGCGAUGACGCCCUCCAACAUCACCUCAACCAUCAGAUCCACAGCAGCUGUCUCCUAUACUAAUUAUAAAAAAACACCGCCCCCCGUGCCCCCUCGGACCACCUCCAAGCCUCUGAUUUCGGUGACCGCGCAGAGCAGCACCGAGUCCACCCAGGAUGCCUACCAGGACAGCCGCGCCCAGAGGAUGUCCCCGUGGCCGCAGGAUGGCCGCAGCCUCUACAACUCCACGGACAGCCUGGACAGCAACAAGGCCAUGAACCUCGCCCUGGAGACGGCCGCCCAGCGCCUCGCCUCCGAGGGCCAGACCAGCUCCACGCGGACCAGCGACAAGGCCAUCCUGGCGUCUAAGGCCGAGGAGUUCCUCAAGAGCCGGCGCUCCUCCAUCGGGAUCCAGGAUUCUGAAUUCCCAGAGCAUCAGCCAUACCCAAGGUCAGAUGUGGAAACAGCUACCGAUUCGGACACCGAGAGCCGUGGCCUGCGGGAGUACCACUCUGUCGGCGUGCAGGUGGAGGAUGAGAAGCGACAUGGGCGUUUUAAGCGUUCCAACAGCGUGACGGCAGGUGUCCAGGCGGACCUGGAGCUUGAGGGCUUCCCGGGACACAUCACCAUGGAGGACAAAGGCCUGCAGUUCGGUUCCUCCUUCCAGCGGCAUUCGGAACCGAGCACGCCCACCCAGUACGGGGCGGUACGAACUGUCCGGACCCAGGGGCUCUUCAGCUACAGAGAAGACUAUCGGACCCCAGUGGACACUGCAAACCUGCCCCCGCCCGACCCCUGGCUGGAACCGUCCAUCGAGACGGUAGAAACCGGAAGGAUGUCCCCGUGCCGCAGGGAUGGCUCCUGGUUUUUGAAGCUGCUACACACGGAGACGAAGAGGAUGGAAGGCUGGUGUAAAGAGAUGGAAGGAGAAGCCGAGGAAAACGACCUCUCGGAGGAAAUUCUUGGUAAGAUCAGGAGUGCCGUGGGGAGCGCCCAGCUUCUGAUGUCCCAGAAAUUCCAGCAGUUUUAUUGGCUUUGCCAACAGAACAUGGACCCCAGUGCCAUGCCGAGGCCGACGUCCCAGGACCUUGCAGGCUACUGGGACAUGCUGCAGCUGUCCAUCGAGGACGUCAGCAUGAAGUUCGACGAGCUGCACCAGCUGAAGCUCAACGACUGGAAGAUCAUCGAGUCUCCAGAAAAGAAGGAAGAAAGAAAGGUGCCCCCUCCAAUACCAAAGAAGCCCCCCAAAGGGAAAUUUCCCAUUACGAGAGAAAAGUCUCUGGACCUGCCCGACAGACAGCGUCAAGAGGCCCGAAGACGGCUCAUGGCUGCCAAGAGGGCAGCCUCCUUCCGACAGAAUUCUGCCACCGAGCGGGCCGACAGCAUCGAGAUCUACAUCCCGGAGGCCCAGACCCGGCUCUAGGAACCGAAGGCGCCCACUCUCACCUGCUUUCUCUUCUUUUCUUUUUGACAAAACACUUGUACAGUUUAUUCCCCCACCUGGUAAUUUCUGUCUUGUUUCUCCACCGAAUACGCCCUCGCUGUCGUGUUCUUUGUGCCAUAAACACACUGGAAUGCUUUUGAUUUCCGAGGUUUGCCGAGCUCACGGCCAGAACGACUCCUUUUUUCUCGCUGGAUGGUCUGACUUGCCGUCGGCGGUGAUGGAUAGGCGUGGGGACAGCUAACUUAGCCACUCUGUUCUCAGAGGAUAACGAGAAACACCUCUUGAGAUGGAACCCAGCUUACAUUUUGUUAUUUAUAUUUUUAUAAGUUGUGAGAUAAUUAGAGGCAAGAAUAACAAAUAACUAUAAAUGGGUGCAUCUCACCGCUCACUAGAGGCAUUAGAUACCCAAGUGGAAGGUGCUACAGCUUGAAGUGCAGGAGAGAAGACCCCGCCCCCUCUAACCUCGGGCUACUAUUCCCUGAAUCCAGUGACCCAUCGCUAGGUUUCUUGUGCCAAGUUCAUGGCGUGAGACGACAUCUCUGCAGCCACCAACCUCCCCACCAUGUGGUUCUCCUGAAGCCCAGGGGCUUACAAGUCCAAACCCUUUCAAACAACCCAGCAUCAGCACAAUCAAAAAUAAGCUGAAUAUUCGUUCACACCAGGGAGUGACAGACGAGAAGAGACGGGAGAUUUCAGACAAGCUAACUCUUCUGUAGCAGGAGUAGAAAGAAAAAAAAAAUAUGCUUGCUCUGAUGAAAGAGUCAUUGUGUUUUUUCUUCCUUUGUAACUUAAAACAUCGCACACGGUUUUGUCUUUAAGUUUCACCAUUCAUGCGACAUGUGUGUAUAUAUUCUCGGACUGCUCUAUUAGUUGACUUUCCAGGGUAUCCUUAAAAAAAAAAACACAAAAAAACAAAAAGUUUGCUUGUUUAAAAUGACAGUUGUGAUGUUGUAAAAAGUUUAAGAAAUAUGAAUGUGAGUGGUAAGUAUAUCUCAGUUUAAAUGGUAAAGAAGAAAUGUAGUUUACAUUUGUAUUUUUCAAGAAUUCUUUUGUCCUAUGCAGUAUUGCUGAAGUCAAGAAUGUAUUUCUUGCCUGUUUUAGACAUGAUGAAAAAAAAAAAAGGUCACAUAUUGUGAUUUCCAGCUGUGGACUUUAGGUGAUGAGUUCUCAUGAUUCCGAUUGGCACCAGAGAAAAAUAGGAAGAAAUCCAAUGAGAAGGCUUUCCAUUUGUCUAACUAAACUUAGAUGCAGUCAGUGAGCAUUGCUCCAACAUGACGCGUGUGUCGCUAUGCAGACACAUCUUCAAAGGAAAAGCCUAUGACAUUUAUCCAUUUGAUCCCAAACUCAGAGUUCUCACGGGAACUCAAGGUCAAAGCAGGAUUGCGAUGGAAGACAGAUGUUUCCACCAGAACACCAGGCCUUCCUUCUGCGGCUUCUGGAGUACCGUGUACUCGGCCGUGAAGGCCGGCUGCUGCCCUGUAGCACUUUGUCCUCCCCUAACUCGCACUUUAAAAUGUACCCAGCUUCUCUGUGGCCCGAUCACAUUACCAAGAGCAUUCAGUGCGGUACUGACACGGUUGGGGCAUUCUUUAAGACGACGGUUUUUCCUUUUCCUCAUAUUCUCCAUUCCACGAAGCAUGGGGCUCACUGGAGCACAGUUGAUAUUAAAGCAUGUUUAUCUUCAAAGUUUUAGUUUUUUAAAGCCAAGUAGUUAAGAAUUCCCUGUAAGAACAAAACCCUGUAAGUUGAGCCUCAUAUCUGGUAUAUAUUUUACCAAACAGCCUUAAAAUAUAUUUGGAAGCAAAAAUCAGUACGAAUGUAUAUCCUUGAAAAAAUGCAAAAAAAAAAAUUCCCUGAAAUAUUCUUCUAUAAAUGAAACCUAUUUCCCCAGAGUGUUCAAAGCGUUUUUUCUACCUAAAUAAAUGCCUAAAUCCUGAGUAGUGUACAAUAAUGAUGCUUCUUCCUAUACUCACUAUACUAUGUUAAAAACAAAUGUAUUUGCAAGUAUUGGCAUUUUAGACUUUAAAAUCGGUGUGUUAUUUAGGAUGAGCUGCUCUUGGAAACAAGCACCGGAAAGCACAUUCGAUGUUUACUCCCUAGGAAGAAGAGACGUGACACGCACACAUGCGUGCCAACCUUUCACACGUGCGUGUUUACUGGCAGCUGAGGUGUUUUAUCCCAUUUCCUUCAACUUGUACAAAAUAUAUAACAACAAAUGAUGAAUUUGGACAAUAAUUAUCAAUUUUAGAUCCUAGAUUCUCUGAUCCUGACUCGAACGAAAGUAUUCACUGGAUUUGGAUUAAUUUUUUUAUGUUUUGUAUACUUAUUUUUAUCUUAAAAUCCCCAAAAGUCUUGGCCUAAACCAUCCCUAGGCGAGCCGAUUAACCCACAGCUAAAUGUGACGGCUUCAUCGAUUGCAAGCGGGAUCGUGUGUGAACUCCUGUUUGGUCCUCUGUGUUCCAAAGAAGGUUCUGCCACAGCGGAGCAGGUGCCUGUUGCUGGGUCUGCUGGAGCGUCACCUGCUCACACGUAACAUGAUGAAGUGCAAUAUAUCCAGUUCUCACACAGGUGACCUUCCAUCCCGACGUGCAGAAGACAAGCCAUGUUUACAUAUUGUACAUGUAAAGAAAAAUAAAACUGUUUAUGACACUUGUGUUAGUCAGUCACACUGACUUAUUUCAGUCACUUCCAGCCGACACAUAACACAGAGCUAUGGUGUGAUCAUUUAACCACAUUGUGAUGUAAUUUUAGUAAAAGAUGACACACAGAUUUGAGAAUAUGGUUGACAAUGAUAAUGCACCACGUUCUAGGAAGGUUGCCAUGAAAGAGUGCGACGUUCUCUGUGAUCGCCUACCUGUAUGCCCAAAAGAUCCAGCGAUAACUGUCAAAACUCAUGUGUUACUUUGGAAAUCGUUUUCCUCCCCACCCACAAGUUGAUCUUGCCAUGUUGAAGGCUUUAGUUAACUUCCGAAGUCAAAACACAAGUAUAAUAAACAGGAUCCCAGUGUUUAGCAAAACCCAGAAAAGGCGAAUGUCCUUUGUGAACAAGAGUGCUUUCAGGGUAAUUCAUCUCACACAUCUUCAUCUGUUAUCAUUGUGUUUGAUGUAAAAGUACGUGUUAUCAGUGACAGAUGUUACCAUUUUUUUCUCAGCAAGUUUAUAGAACCAUCUAGAAUGAUAUAUAAAGAAUCAAACUGUUGUAUGACACCAAAACAUUACAUAUUUGUUUGAAAGGAAGUGUUGUUGAUGUUUUCACCUCAAGAUCAAUACUAAAGACUUCCAACAUUAAAUAGAAAGCGUAUUAUUAGGAAAAAAGCAAAUUACAUUUAAGACUCCCUCUUUAAAAAAAAAAAUAGCCACAAAAUCCGUGACCCAAAAAGUAGAAGGACUCUCCCUUCUGGCUCCUAUGGAAGUGGCCAGAUUACGGUUGGAAGACAACACAGCUCCAGGGCACACGAACGCGUUCGGUGUGACCGUGUCUUUGGGGUCUCUGUCCACAUGUGCCCUGUCUUGAUUUUUGCCUUUCUCAGGAUCAUAUUGAGCUGCCACUCUUCCCGUCACUUUAACUGAAAGACCCUGCGUUGUGUAUCGACUCAUCUCCUCUGUUGUGAGCCGGCCCUUAGAGCCUCCCGACCCCAUCCCACUCCCAGGUGGAACCUUCCAGGAAAUAACAGUCCUAUGGCAGACACCUGGUCAAAGGGCCUGCGGUGACUAUGGAAUAUGUGCUCGCCUUUUGGUGGCAAGUAGGGAGUGGGAGAGAGGGAUAAUGGUCUUCACCAGGAAGUCUUUUUCCGCUGGCAGUGACCCCAUCAAAUCAGAUGGGACCCCAUGUGGCCCUAGAGAUCUGGAGGCCCUGGAGCCUUUUCAGGGAGAUGCAGACGGUAUUUGAGCUCUAGGAAGAGCAAUCUGCCUUGUUCAGAGUGCUGACGGGUUCCCAGAACCUUCGAAUGGACAUGCGGUCCCCUGUGCCAUGUCUGAAUCAGCUUAGGAACACGCGCGUCCCCAGGCUGCGCAGAGUGGCCAGCGCCGUUGUUCACGGGUGGACACCUCCGCGAGUCUCGGUGGGGGAGGCAGCAGGAAACGCCCAAGGGCCGCACGUCCCACCGUGAAUGUGAAAGUAUUGCCCCAGCAGGAUGAGUUUGAGGGUGCGCACACAGACGCUGCACCUGGCCCACGCUCUGAGAAGCGGAGCCUUCCCGGCCGGGAGCACAGAGUCAAGUCUCCCAGAAACGGGCCUACAUACGUGGCUAAGUUCUACAUACCUCAUGUGCGCUCAUUCCAGCCAACUCCUUUCUGCUCCACCCUUGAAUCUCCAGCUUUUUUCUUUUUACUGCAAAUUCGACAUACUAAUCAGGUAGCUGAAGACAGUGGGUUUCAAACCAUACCCCUUUGGACUCCCUGAGGGUUUGCUUUUGUUUUUAUCUGUGGCUCUGUUUACACUUGUUUGAAAGUUUGGUCGAAUACAGGGUUCCCAUACUUGAAAAUAAAAUGGAAAACCGCGAGGGUAAGAGAUCCAGAAUAGAGUCAGCUGCUGACUGGUGAGCGUGUCUGACCACGGGGCUGGAACAAUGGGAACGGCUUCACUCCGCUCCCCUGCACCGUUGGUCAUAAAGCACGACACGAGGGUCAAGUCAGAUCCCUGUGCCUUCACAGCAAGAGGCCCAGCUCGUCACUUUUGCUGUGUUGAUAGUUGCAGUAAAUGUGGGCAGUGAUCAGAAUGCCGGAGGGAAGGUGCCCUUUGACACAUUUAGCUAAAUGCCCCUCAGCACAGAGUGGCUGCAGAAUGUUUUGGAAAUGAAUGGGAAGCCCAGAAAUCUCUAGCCGGCUAGUCAGGCAACCAAGUUAACCUUAGCUUAACGUCACGUCUCCGUUUCCUCCAGGCCCUUGUCUCUCUCACAGACAGACUAUGAAGAUUAAUGACCUGUUGGCUGUACAGUCCUUUGACCUCCUUGGAAACAGGUCGUCAAAGUGUCAGUUAUUGUCAAACAUGGAGUGCCACGGUCCUCUUCCCAGUUGUCAUCCUCCCAGCUGUGUGGGAUGCUCGAGGACAUCAAGUCAGAUAUAACUGUCUCAGAGGUAACCAGGACUACCAGACACAGGGGUUCUUUCUUUGCAAUACUGUUUGGGGUGGCCAGGAGACCAAAAAAGAGCUUCUUGAAGGUUUGGAAAU